AUGUACUGUAAACGACGCAAGAUUAUUGAGAAACCCUCGUCUGAUGACGAGGCCAUCCAACAUCCCAACCGUUCACGUUCGAGCUCGUCGGACUCUGUACCUCUCGCUAGGCCUUUGCGUGCAGACAAGGGCAAGGCUCGCGCCAAGACGCCUCCGCCUGUUGCAGGUUCAUCUCGAGUUGACAAGGGAAAGGCUCGGGCGAGGACUCCUCCUACUACUCGUAGUUCCGCCAAGCGUACUGCCUUUAAGCCACCGGUGGUCAAGCAGAAGGAAACUUCUGUUCAACCCAAGCGUCGCGGUCGCCCUCGUAAGAAGUCUCCCGUUAUUUUCCAAGAGCCCAUCGUGUUCGACAAGAAGCGAUUUAAACGUGCCACCGCUAGAUUUGGGCUUAAAGAGCUCCCCGCGGUUCUUAAGGGUACACAAAUCCAUAUGCCCGAACCUUGCCUUCAGUGCUCCGCGCGCAAGGAUUCCGCUGUCAAGAACUGCACCUUUCGUGGGUGGGGAACUCCCUGCGGUCCUUGCGACGCGGCGCAUGUUUCUUCGUGCGAGUACUAUCUGAAUGAUGAACGCCGAGGGGCCGUCAGGGAUGUCAUCCGUAACCGGUUGGCUAUUCAUGCGCCUUCAGCUAUAUCUGCGCUGAUGGAGUCCAUUGAAGAAGACACGCUUCAUAUGCGCACCCUAUCCGCAGUCCUUGAGGCCAUUCGCCAUCGUUGCGACGCCAAUCUUCGAGAGUUCGCAAACGCCAUCGCGGACCUGUGUCUCACCGCCGAGCCUGGAACUCUUCUAGGCACUGUUUUCGAGACUCGCGAGGAGUUCGGCUCGUGGUACAGCUUCGUUCAAGACUUUGUAGAUACUCAGGGGGUCCCAGUGCCUGCGGAAUUGGUGGAUGCUCUACUAUUUUAA